AUGAAUGUGAUGCACUUGCUGAAGACGUUGAUCGCCUUCACCUUCGUGGCCAGCUUCAUUAUCGGCGCCAUCUUCAUGAUCCGAUCGGCAGACGACGAUGAGGUGUGUUUGCAUUUCAAUUAUUUGUUUGUUUGAUUUUUAGGCGUUUCCGAGAAUAUUAUACUAGGUGUGGCUGUUGAAAAGAAUGUGGUUUAAUGGAAAUUAGAGAAAAUUGAAUGGAUUUAACUUUUAUUUAUACAUACAUCACAUGAGCUCUAUAAAACAUGCAAAUUCAGGACAGUUUAAUGGCGUUUGAAGCUGGAAUUUUACACUAGAUAACAUCUGGAAGAUACGAUCACUCAGUUAAUUUAAGAUUUCUUGUACCAAAGUUUGUUGAUAAAUCAAGUUCAGGUCAUAACAAAGCUGUUAACUCCUCAAAUUACACGAAAAUAGUUGUUUUAAAUAAGCGUCGAUAGUUUUUUUACAAUUUUUAAUACCUAAAAAUUAAAAUUACCUGAAUUAUUUUCCAGUUCCGUCAGCAAUUGAAGAGUCAGAUAAUGGAAAAGCAACUGCGAAGGUUGCAGGACGAAAAGAAAGAAACAACAGAAGCUGAAGUCCCACAUGAGCGGGGGAAUUUACCAAAGAUUAAUGAGAGGUUGUCAGAUCCGAAUGGCCCUAUUACCCAGAAGCCAGAAGAUGUCAACAGCCUAAAGGAGGUAUGGUUUGAUUUGUUUUUGCUGCUUUUUGCGUUUAGGAUCUUAAAUUGGAAGUUUUUGUUGCAUGUUUUGACUAGUAUAAGGUCAAUUAUUCGAAAAUGGCGAAUUUUAGCGGAUUUUUACCGAUUUUUGAUAGACUUUUUGCUUUGCUGGGUAAAAUAUACUGUUUUCUUAUUGAAUAUAUUUAUUUCAGCCAUCUCGAACCCCAUCUGUUCACAUUUUUUAUUAUCCAUGGUAUGGGAAUCCGGAAUUCGACCAUGGAAAAUACUACCAUUGGGAUCAUCCUCUCCUCCUUCGGACUAAACCCAAAAAGUCGUUUGAACAAAGUGAGUUCUUUUUUUUUGAGUUUCGAAUUUUAGAUAUUUUCAUCUUAUAUUAUUCUUCUGAUGUCAUGAAGAAUAUAAAAAUCUUCAAGGUGAUACCCAAAAAUGUAUCGUUCUUAUGUUUGCAGCCCGUCACAAGCCUCCAGGAGAUAUUGCCUGCGUUUCGUAUCCACAGUUGGGACCUUACAGUAGUCGAGAUCCAGCAGUUAUUGAUAGGCAUUUCAAGUGGAUCAGUUCGGCUGGAAUUGAUGUGGUGGCAGUGUCGUGGUACCCCAAAGGGAAGGCUGAUGACAAUGGUGAGCAUUUUCAUUUUGUUUUCUUGAAUUUUUAGGCGAUCCUCGAAGUUGCUCAAAAAAAAUUUUUUUUUUCGAAAGUCCUGGAAAACUAUUGAAAAAUUUUUCCAGGAUAUCCAUGGGAAGACCUCAUGCCUCAACUCCUUAAUGUCAGCUCCCAAUAUAAACUCAAAUUGGCCUUCCAUUUGGAGCCUUAUGACAAAAGAACGGCUCUUUCGGUCAGAGAAGACAUCGAAUACAUUGUAAAAACGUAUGGAAAUCACCCCGCAUUCUACAAAACAAAGCCCAAGAAAGGCGACAGUUUGAUGCCAGUGGUUUAUAUUUACGAUUCUUAUCGAGUGAACAACAAGGAAUGGGAAAAAAUUGCUCUUCCUGGAGGCGAAAACACGAUUCGAGGGACGAGUUUUGACACUUUGUUGAUUGGUAAGGCUUUAUUAAUCUUUUUUACUAUCUAAACAGUGAAUUUGAAGCGCUUUUGUUUCACUUUGAUAUGUUUUUUCACCAAAAAUAUCAAUUUUUGGUCAUGGAUAAUAUAAAUUUUUUUAUUUUUUCCAAUUUUCAGGACUGGCAUUAAAAUUGACUGACCUAAAUGGAAUGAAAGCGGCUGGAUUUGACGGAGUAUACACUUAUUUCGCCGCCGAUGGCUUCACCGAAGCCGCUUCUAUGGCUAAUUGGCAGAAGCUUUCAAAGCUCUGCACAGAGAAUGAAAUGCUGUUUGUGCCCUCAAUUGGGCCGGGAUACGACGACUCGAGGGUCAGACCCUGGAAUGGAGUGAAUACACGGCUCAGGGAGACGGGGAAAUAUUAUGUGGACCACUUUGAAGCCGCGCAUACGGCGAAGGUAGGCAUGGGGAAUUUAAGGAUAAAAGGGGGAUUUUGAGAAGGUGAAUGUGGAUUUUGAGGGGUUACAGAGGUAGAAUAGACCAUAGAAAAGGGUUUGAGGGUGUUAUGGAGGGAUUGGUUUCGAUUUAUUUCCUGUUUUUAAUUGAUUUUGCGGUUAGAGUUAGUCAUGGAUAAUAUAAUGGAUAGAAGGAUGAAGUUUCUGGAAGAAAUGGGGAUUUUAUUACAUAAAUUUAGCAGCAGAAGCUUUGAGGAGAAGAUUUAAACACGAAAAGCGGCAUUUGACUUUGAUUUAUCAUUUCAUUUUGUCCGAUCUUUCAUCAGAUGUCAUGAAUAAUAUAAUUUGAUAAAUAGAUGGGACUUUUGGAAGAAAUUGGAGAGUUAUGGAUGCUUUGUAGAUGUGAAAAGGUCUAGAGAAGAUAAUAGAAAUAAAAAAUUGACCGUAGAUGUUGAUUUACCAUCCAAUUUUUAGCCCGACAUUGUGUCCAUCACCUCUUUCAACGAAUGGCACGAGGGGACUCAGAUCGAACCUGCGGUUCCAUUCACGGAUAAACCCAACAACUUCACCUACCAAGAGUACGAAAAGGGCCCAGAGAUGUAUCUCCAGCUCACGAACGAGAUGAUCCGCAAGUAUUUUGUCCCCCAUCACGAGAACAUCCCCAUGGACAUUGCUAAAAUUGUCUGA